GUCCUACUGUUCCUCUCUCCCCCAAUUUCUAUCACGGUGUCUGCUUUGUCUUUCUCACCUCCUCUCCGUCUGUUUUUAACGCGCUCGGCGGACUGAGGCUGCCUCAGAGGUGUCUGACUCCCUCCAGCAUAUCUUUGGGCACAGCUUUAAAGAUGCUCCUUUGCAACUUGCUUCAGUCCGCUGCCCUUCGGAUGGCUUAACUGCUUCUUUGCAUCUUUUCGUUUUGCUUCAAGGUGAGAACAUAACGUACAAGGUGGCACUGAGCUUUUACGCAUGGAGGUUGGAAUCAGUCCGUCAGAAUUUACGCAGAAACUGCUACUGAAGAUGCAACCGGGUUUAUGAGACCUUUUAAGGGCUUGAAGAAGGGCUUAAAAAGAGAGCAACGAUGCGAGGGACUGAGUUGCUGCUCGGCUACUUUCUGGUGAAAGUUCUGGUGUGUGACGCGGAGGGCGAGCUGGAUCAAACCGCGGAUGACUUCAUGAUAGUAACCGGGUUCAACGAGUCAGCAGAGGGGGAGAGCGCAUCCACGGAGACCCCGCACACGGAGGAGAAGUGUCGUGGCUAUUACGACGUGAUGGGUCAGUGGGACCCGCCGUUCGUGUGCAGGACGGGCAGCUACCUGUACUGCUGCGGCACCUGUGGCUUCAGGUUCUGUUGUGCGUUCAAAAAUUCCCGGCUGGACCAGACCACCUGUAAGAAUUACGACACCCCACCGUGGAUGACACCCGGCAGACCUCCGCCAAAAGUGGACGUGGCGCUGGAGUCCGCCAAGGAUAAAACCAACCUCAUCGUCUAUGUCAUCUGCGGGGUCGUGGCCAUUAUGGCACUUAUUGGGAUUUUCACCAAGCUCGGUUUGGAAAAGACGCACCGUCCAAACAGAGACAAUAUGUCAAGAGCUCUUGCACAUGUGAUCCGCCAUCCUGCUUCAGAAGAUACAGAUGACAUUGGUCUGAGUCAACACUAUGAGAACCUACAAACAAGAUUGGCACUUGACAAUUUCCACAGCAAUCAGAUGAACAAUGUGGCCCAGUCUCCAACUUUGGUAGGUCAGCCAUAUCCAGCAGUGGGACAGAUUACCAGCCCAUAUGAACAACAGACCCCACUCAAGGAUCUCAACAAGUACAACACUCUGAAGGCUGUGGCAGAGAAAGCAAAUGACAACUACCAAAGCAACCGCAGGCAAGCAAUUGAGAUGACAGCCAAGGGUAGCCUUCCAAUGGAAAGUGUGGAUAUGGAGCCAGAGCCUCCAAAUCCUUACAGCCCACCCAGACAGCGUUCUAUGAAGCACAGCGAACACAAGUACAAAAGCCACAGGAGCCACAGCUCCCAGUCACUGUCCCACAUCUCCAACAUAGCAGUCAGCCCAGGGGGGCUGAGAUCUUGGCAAAGCAAAGACAUGCUGGGACUCCGACAGAGCUAUGGCCAAAUGAAGCCCGGCAUCACAGAGAAAGAGCUACAUAGCUCCCGCUACAUGCCUCCACAACCUUACUUUGUCACCAACAGUAAGACAGAAGUGACAGUAUGAGUGUCUGCCAUAUUCAGGCUCAAAAUAAGCCCGAAUUAAUAAUAAAGAAAAGGGG